AUGAAGACAUCCUCCGUCAACGUCCCCGAGGACUAUAAUGUUGGCAAGUCAGUUGAGAUCUGGGCUCGCGGAUCUCAAAUUGCUAUGGGCUACCUCAAUAACCCUAGGGCAACAGAAGAGACCUUUGAUAAGGAUGGGUUCUUAUAUACUGGCGAUAUGGGACAUUUCAAUCACGAAGGUUUCUUAUCUAUUCCUGAUAGGCUAAAGGAGAUGAUUAAGGUCAAGGGAAUCGGAGUUACACCCGCAGAACUCAAGAACCUUCUUCUCGGAUAUCUGCAUCUUAAUGAUGUUGCUGUUUGCGGGAUCCCUAAUAAGCGCGCUAGUAAGCGGCCUAAGGCGUUUAUAGUCCUUAAGUCUUUAGAGUCCUCCAGGCAAGUCAAAGCAGCAAGGGAGAUCUUGAAAUACAUCAAAAAGAACACGGCAUGUUACAAGUGGCUUAGAGAGAUUGAGAUUGUCUCUGCGAUACCGAAAAGCCCUGCAGGCAAGAUCUUGAGACGCAAACUACGAGACAUGGCUAUCAACAGCAGCAAGAACAUGGUUAUCAAGGAUAUUAGAUUUGUGGCAAAGCUUUAA